CCAAACUUAAACGGAUGACUUGGACAGUCAAAUGUAAAGGUUUGACGCGUUAAAUUUGAGGCAAAAUUCACGUUAAAACAUUUUGAGUGCCAAAACAGAGAAGCAGAUGAGUAAACAGCGGACAUGUCGGAAGAAAACAGAACUACUGUUGGUGAACAGACUGAGAAGAGAGAGACUGCUACACAGGAUAACGGUGAAGUGAUGCAGCUUGAGUCUGAAAACGGAUCAUCAAAGCAACUCUCUGAGUUCUACAAUUAUGAGGAACUUCACUCCAGACCAUACAUCACACCGGACUCUGAAAUCCCAGAGAACCUCCUGCACCUCUGUCACUCCUUUGGCUAUGACAGUGGGCGCAGGGGGAACCUGCAGCUGCUGGAUGACAACACUCUGAUCUUUAUCGCCGGGAACCUGCUCGUGCUGUUCGACGUUUCCACCAAGGAGCAGAGAUACCUCCGCUCCUGCAGUGGAGGAGGAAUCGGCACCAUCAAGGCACAUCCAAGCAAAGAGUGCUUCGCUGUAGCAGAGAAGGGAAUCCAGCCCAACAUCAUAAUGUAUGAAUAUCCCUCGUUACGGCCGUUCUGCAUCCUCAGAGGCGGUACGGAGAGGGCGUACUGCUUUGUGGAUUUUAACCAAGACGGGAGCCUGCUGGCCAGCGUGGGGGCGGACCCCGACUACAUGCUGACGCUGUGGGACUGGAGGAGGGAGGAGGUGAUGCUGCGCUGCAAGGCCAUUUCUCAGGAGGUGUACCAAGUCAGCUUCUCCCCAUACAACCCGGGACUUCUCACAUCGUCAGGAUCUGGACACAUCAAGUUCUGGAAAAUGGCCGACACAUACACAGGGCUUAAAUUGCAAGGGCUUAUGGGAAAUUUUGGGAAAACUGCAGCGACUGAUAUCAAGGGCUACGUGGAUCUUCCUGAUGGAAAGGUGGUGUCCGGCUCAGAUUGGGGAAACCUGCUGCUGUGGGAGGGCAACGCCAUCAAGGUGGAGAUUUGUCGUAAGGGGGGGGGGAAGUGCCACGCCGGGAUGGUCCAGCCGUUCGCCCUGGAAGACGGACAGCUGAUGACCAUCGGCUAUGAUGGAGCGGUUCGGGGCUGGGACUUUGAAAGCAUCGACACCGCAGACAGCACCGGUGACAGCGGGCGGUUUGAGCUGGAGCCCAUGAACGAGCUGUUGGUGGGACACAACGUGUGCCUGUCCUCGGUGGUGAAGAGCUCGCAGCCGUCCGACUCCUUCAUCUGCUUCGCUCAGGACACCAGCGGAGCCAUCUGGAAACUGGACCUUUCAUUCACCUACACUACUCCUGAUCCAGAGUGCCUGUUCUCCUUCCACGCCGGGGCCAUCCAGGGCCUGGACGUGUCCAGGAUAUCCCACCUGAUGGCCACGACCACUCUAGACCGUACCGUUAAAGUUUUUGACUUCCUGGCAAAAAGAGAGCUUACCUCCAGUCGCUUCAAUCAGGGUGGAACUGCUCUCAGCUGGGCGCCAACUUUGGUGAACCAGAUUGGAAGUCUGCUGGUCACGGGCUUUGAGGACGGGGUUGUGAGGUUGCUGGAGUUGUACGACCCUCAGAGGCUGAACGUGGUCACCGGGCGAAUCCCCAAAGGAGACGCCAAGCUGCGCCUCAAACAGGCCUUCAAGCCCCAUAGAGCACCUGUAACUGCUGUGGCGUAUGAGCGAAACGGAGAGAUCUUAGCAACGGGGAGCUCCGACAGCACUGUCUUCUUCUUCACUGUCGGGGAAAAAUACAAACCCAUCGGCUUUGUGCGCGUCCCCGGGCCGGUGCAGGCGCUGGAGUGGACGCCUCAUUCCCACGGUGAGAACCGGCUGCUGAUCCUGUGUCAGAGCGGUCACGUUGUUGAGGUGCACCCGCCUGACCCAGAGGUCCAGAGGCCCGGCAUCACCUUCCACCUGCCUGAACUGAGCAGCAGAACCUUCAGGUUCAGGAGCAUCAAGUCUCGAAUCAAGAGAGAGCAGGAAAUUGCCAGACGACAAGCCGCAAAGGACAAGAAGCAGAAAGAGAGAGAAGAGAGGCUGAAAGAAUCCAAGCAGCCAGACUUAGAGCCAGAGGAAGAUGAAGAGGAGGUGGAGGAAGAGCUGCCCUCCAUCUUCAUCCCUAAGCCUCCAAGUCCUCUCUACUGCGGCUUCUACUCAUCGCCUGGCCACUUCUGGCUCUCCAUGGGGGGCUAUGACUCUGGUUUCCUGUAUCACUGUCAGUUCUCUGAGGAGCAGGACCAGGACCCUCUGCAGCGGCAGGACGAGCCCUUUGACUUCCUGCCUGUCCUCAACGCAGACGACGACCCCAUUCGCUCUUUCACCUUCAGCUCUGACAGGCAGCUGCUGCUCUGCGGCAUGCACUCAGGCUCCAUCAGGGUCUACCCUCUGCAGCCCGGAGACCACAGCCUCAGCUCCAUGCAGGCCUACUGGGCUCUCAGUGUCCACGACAACCAGUACGGACACCUGCGGCACAUCCGCUGUAGCUAUGACGACCUCUUGGUGCUGACGGCGGGAGACGACGGGAACUUCUUCUCCUUCAGCCUGCUCCCUCCAGAGGAGCUGAAGAAAGGCAUGCAGAGGAAGAAGGCAAAUGUUCCUUCACCCAGGGUGGGCCUUGAGAAUGAGGCGUUAGCCCAGGAUAUUGAGGACCCAGCAGCCUGCAGCAUAGAGUCAGAGAAGCAGAAGCUGGAUAAGGACCGUCAGCGACGAGAGGCGGAGCUUAAGAUCGCAGCGAAGCGAAAGAAGCUGGCUGAGCUGAAUAAGAAGUUUCAACAGCUGCUGAUCACCAACCAGAGUCUGCCGGAGCAUGUCCGUCUGAAACCUGAGGCUCUGAUUGAGCCCGAUGGCCUGCAUGAGUUACCAAUGAGCUGGCUUGGGCUGUGGAGUAACCGCUUUACUAUUGGGGAAACGCCUGGCAUGCUAGUAGACCGGCCGGCGCAGCCUAACCAAUCAGAGGCAGACAUGGGGCUAUGGUUCCAGACAGAAGUGAGCAGGGACAGAGAGGGAGAAGGCCCAGCAGUGAGGCUGGUGAGGGAGCAGGUGGCCUGGGAGGCGAGGGAGCGCUGGCAGCAUAGCAGCUCAGAAAAUGCAGGACGGUUCAAAGACUCUCUUUCCAAAGUGGUUACCGUGGUCGCCAUCUGCAGCGACCACAGAGUCUCCACCUACAGCCUGCCCACGCUCCCGGAGCAUUCAGCGCAGCUCAGACAUCAGACGAGGCCCGGCUGGCCUGAGGGAGACGGGGCUGCUGCAGCGGAACAUGGAAGACCCAGAGUGGAACCUGCCAAAGACAGCAGCAUGCUGGAAGAGGAGGAUCUGUGCCCCCUGGUGGCCGGCUCGGAAGGGGUGAAGCUGGGGGACCGGCAGAUGGAGAGGCUCCGUAAGGCUGCAGAGAAAGCUGAACAAGCUCGAGCCAAGAUAGAGAAGAGGAAGCAGGAAUGGGCCCAACUUUACGCAGAGAAGCCGAGCGAGAACUGUGAGGAUCCGCAGGAUGUGCAGGCCAUCGUCGAAGCCAAAGAGAACCUCGGAGACUUAAAACUGAAGUCAGACAAAGACUUCACGAUGCCCAAACACCUGAGGAUGAACGCUGAGAGGAAGAGCACAGAGCUGAUAGGCCUGGAGAAAAAAACCCGUGAAAAGCAGACGGAGAUGAAUCAACGGAUCGCGGCGCUGCGGGACUCCAAGGUCCGCCUGGUGUCUCAGCUGCACUCUCAGACUCAGCAGGUCCUGACUGUGCAGCUGCGUCUGCCGGCCCAUCUCCACCGCCCUCCACCCACCCUGCCUGCCAUACUACCAGAGGAGACCCCCGAGAAGAGGCUGCAGUUCAACCGUGCAACCCUAGAGCGCUACCGUCGUCUGAGGGAUCAGAGGAUGCAGAGCAUGGAGCAGGACGAGCAGGAGGACAGCACCUAUAUAUUGGCGCAGCUGGAGAAGGAGGUGGGAAGAGAGGAAGGGACUCUGAGUCACUCAGCUUCAUCUGUAACCAGAGAAGAAGAAGAGGAAGGAGCAGAGCUGAGCGAGCUGGAGGAGGAGCUCCGGAGGGAGGAGGAGAUCAGACUGCUGCACGAGCAGGACUCUCUGCUGGAGCAGGUCUGCUUUGGAGUCUAUUAUAGAAUCUGA